ACCAACGUCACAUUUAUCAGACUUACACCAAACACACACACACACACACACACACAGUAUAUUCCGGCAGGUAACCAACCCUCUCUCGUCAACCCUCCGCCGUCGCUUUUGUCCACUUCCGCUUCCAUUCUCUGUUUUUCCACCUCGGUUUGAAGCGGACAAAAGUUUGACUUGCCGUUUUCUGAAACCCAUUUGGAAGCAUACUUGAUUUUGAGGGUUUCGGAAGAAGAUAGAAGAGGGAAAUUGACUCAAGUGUGUCUCAAUUAGGAUUCAGAGAGGGGGAAAAGUGUUGUGCUGAAGUAACAUAGUGAUGGUGAGACGCCAUGGCUGGCAGUUGCCCGCUCACACCUUUCAGGUUGUUGCUGUCACUGUGUUUUGCUUGUUAGUGGUUGCAUUCUAUGCUUUCUUUGCCCCUUUCCUUGGAGGUCGAAUAUGGGAGUAUGUUCUGAUUGGUGCUUAUUCCCCAGUGGCACUAUUGGUUUUCAUUCUUUAUGUUCGAUGUACUGCUAUUAACCCAGCAGACCCUGGUAUCAUGUAUAAAUUCGAUUCUGAUCUAAUGAACGAUGCAAGAGAAAAACAAGAAUCAAUCGGCCAUGGCCUGAACAGAAAAUUUGAUGAAGUUAGCAAUGGGACUCAUUCAUGUCAAUCUUCAGCUUCACGAAGCUCCUUUGCAGGAGCGAACUCUAGCAAGAAGGGUUCAGUUGAGUCUGUAAAAUCCAAUGCUCAGGUAGUUUCUACGAGGAGUUCCUUUUGCUAUAUUUUCGGAGGGAUUCUCUGUGCAAUCUUUGUUCAUGAAGAUUGCCGCGGUCAAGAUGAUGCAGCUGAUGUGGAAGGUACAGGUGAAGAUGCAUUGUUUUGCACACUAUGUAAUGCUGAGGUUCGGAAGUUCAGCAAACACUGUCGAAGUUGUGACAAGUGUGUGGAUGGAUUCGACCACCAUUGUCGGUGGCUCAAUAACUGCGUGGGGCGGAAAAACUAUGUAACAUUUAUCUCACUUAUGGGCACCAGCUUAUUGUGGCUCGUUGUUGAAGCUGGAGUUGGCAUUGGUGUUCUAGUUCGUUGCUUCGUUAAUAAAAGCCAUAUGGAAGCUGAAAUAGUUGAUAGGCUAGGAAAUGGUUUCUCUCGUGCCCCAUUUGCGACUGUUGUGGUUAUAUGUACAGCCGUGUCUAUUCUUGCAUGUGUGCCCUUGGGGGAACUUUUCUUUUUUCACAUGAUCCUAAUUCGAAAGGGUAUUACAACAUAUGAGUAUGUUGUGGCAAUGAGAGCCAUGAGUGAAGCACCUGCAGGAGCAUCUGUAGACGAGGAACUACCAAACAUUUUGUAUUCUCCAUCUGGAUCCGCGACAACUGGUUUCAGCGGUGGAAGCUCUUUGGGACUACAAUAUAAAGGAGCAUGGUGCACCCCUCCUAGGGUGUUUGUAGACUAUCAGGAAGAAGUAGCACCGCAGUUAGGACCUGGAAUGGUGCCAUCUACGGUUGAUCCCGAUGAUAAGGGGAACAAAGGAGGGGGAGCUAAAAAGGGUGUCCGUAUCAGUGCGUGGAAGCUGGCUAAACUAGAUUCGAACGAGGCUAUGAAAGCAGCUGCUAAAGCAAGGGCAUCUUCCUCUGUACUGCGCCCUCUCGAUAAUCGCCGUUUGCCCGAUUCUGAAGUGAGCGAGAACACAAGCGUCAGAAGCAGUGUGAGCACUGAGAACAAGGAUUCUUCUGUUAGACUCAACUCUUUUGCUCCCAGUCAAGCUAGUCGCGACGACUAUGAAACCAAUGGCACUCAGAGCAUCAGCAGCUUCAGCAGCCCAACUCACCCUCACGACUCGGUCACACUCAGCCCACUUCCGAACCCUCUCGCAGGUGGUGCUGUCCUCAGCAAGAACAAUCCAGUCUUCCAUAGUUCCUCUGGAUUCGAUGAAAAGAUCAUGCAAAGGCACAACAACAACAACAACAACAACAACAACAAUAACAACAAUAAUAGUAAUUAUACGGACCCUUUACCUCCUCAGACAACCUUGUUUCGAGACGUAAAAAGAACAUCUGUGGUUUGGGAUCAAGAAGCUGGAAGAUACGUCUCUGUUCCUUUAUCAGCUUCAGAUGCCCGUAAAAGACCAUAUUUCUUACCCUUAGCAGCAGCACCACCACCACCACCACCGAAUGCAAAUGCAAAUGCAAAUGCAAUUGCUAAUGCUACUCUCCCACGAGAGACUUUGCAGUCAGAGAAGCUAACGUACAGUGGGGAAUCGAUUUUCUUUGGGGGCCCACUUCUAAGUGCUCCGAUGAAGGAAGGCUCGAGUUCGAGAGAUGGACAUCAUGAUAAGCUACUACCAUUAAGUUUGCCACGAGAAUCUAGGUUUAAGAGGGAUGCCGUCUCCAAUCAGCUUCCUAUUUUCAUUCCUGGGGAUUUUGAUUUAAAUCCUCCCACUGGCUCUAAUCUCAAGUAAAAACUUUUGCGAAAAAUUUGGAAAAAAA